UGAAGUGUGUGCAGGUUACACAUUCUUCUGGAGCAGAUGAGGCCAGGAGGAGAGACGUGAUGCUGAUAUUGGUUUUGCAGUAAAAAAAUCACCUGGUCAACCAACUGGCUAGCCAACCCAAGGGGAUAAACGACCGUUUAAUGACCUUACAGCUCCACCUAUUUGGUAAAAAGGCGGCCACCAUCAUCAGUGCCUAUGCCCCUACCAUGUCCAACUCUGAUGAGAUCAAAACCAAGUUUUAUAAUGACUUGGAAGUCAGUAUUGCUGCUACAGCCAGCUCGGAUAAACUUCUUAUACUGGGUGAUUUCAACGCCAGAGUUGGAAGUGACCAUCAAUCAUGGAAUGGAGUCAUAGGUGCACAUGGUAUUGGAAAAUGUAACAGGAACGGUCUUCUACUGCUGCAAACAUGCUCUGAAUUUGACCUACUCAUCACCAACACGAUAUUCCAACUACCAAAGCGUAAGAAAACGUCAUGGAUGCAUCUUCGUUCACACCACUGGCACUUGAUUGACUAUGUCAUCGUGAGGAGGAGCGACCGGCACGAUGUCAGGGUGACCAAGACUAUGUGUGGUGCUGAAUGUUGGACUGACCAUCGUCUCAUUAUCUACAAACUUAGCAUCCAAAUUAAGCCUAGCAGACACCCACAAGGACAAAGACAUGUCAAGCAUCUUAACAUCACUCGCCUACAACAGGAACACACCAGGCUGGCAUUUGUUGAGGCUUUAGACCAUCACCUGGAGUCUCUAAGCUUCAAGCAUACUGACGUUGAGGCAGACUGGACUGCUCUCAAGACCGUGCUGCAUUCUACAGUCCUUGAAUCACUUGGUGUUCCAUUAUGUACACAUCAAGACUGGUUUGAUGAGAACGAUGCAGAAAUCAGAGCACUCCUUGACGAAAAACAUCACCUGCAUAAAGCAUAUCGCAGGAUUGUUCAGCAGAGACUCAGAGUCAUGCAAGAUGCCUGGCAGUGCGCAAAAGCUGUGGAGAUUCAAUCCUACACUGACAGUAACAACACCAACACCAAACACUACAGCACGGUCCUCAAUCAGCCAUCAUGCAUAAAUAAGGAGGCAAUUGCGAGAUUGCCUCAAGUUGAAAUAAAGCAGUCCUUGGCUGUUCUACCAUCCAUUGAGGAAAUCAGCAAAGCCUUAACACUUCUCUCAUCAGGCAAAACUCCAGGGUCCGAUGCCAUUCCAGCAGAAAUCUACAAGGCUGGAGGGCCUCGCUUAGUCGAGAAACUGACCGACCUCUUCCAGGCUAUGUGGAAAUUAGAAGCCGUUCCCCAAGGAGUCCAAGGAUACUACUAUAAUCAAUCUAUAUAAAAGGAAAGGACUUCUGAACUGC